UUUUGAAUGAUUAUAAGAAGCCCCGUAUUUGGGAAAGAGGACCCAUCGCUUACAAUAAUAAUAAUAUAUAGUAUAAACAACUUUGUGUACAAAAAAUAUAAAUAUUGACAUGCCUUAAAGGAUGCAUGCAGCACCAAGAGCACUACAUAUACUUUGCCUUAUUGCGCACUUUUUGUAAAACCCAUUCUGUAGUCUCUAGGGAAAUUAUUGGUGUUUUUACUCAACUGCUCUAUAUUGCCCAUAAAAAGAAGUGCAUCGCCUUGAGUGAAUAUAGAAAUUCGACAUGCUUGAACAUUAAAAACAAAAACAAAGAUGAAGAGGACGGAAAGGUUAUGAUGGUGGACAAUUCGUCAGAUUUUUUAAACGAAGUUUCAUUACAUUUUGAUAUACCAAGAGAGGAGAUAAAAUUGUUUUCGUCCAACGGUUGUGAGAUCCUCGAUACACGGGUAAUUAAAGAUGAUGAUAAAAUCUUCUUAUCAUUACAAAGUAAACAUUCCCAAAGCUGUGAUUUUGUCGCGGAGUCAAUUUCAAAUUUGGGUGUCAAAGAUAGUAACAGCGGGAAAACUGUUUCUGACUGGAUAACCCUGAACGUCGGUGGGAAACACUUUAUGACUUCUCGAUCUACACUUCUAGCCAAAGAACCGCAUUCGAUGCUUGCUAGAAUGUUCGCAGACGACAACGAUAUGUACUUAAUGAAUCCCAGUGCUACAGACACGUCAGGCGCGUACUUAAUAGACAGGAAUCCUAAAUAUUUUGAGCCUAUAUUAAACUAUCUCAGGCAUGGUGAAGUGAUUUUGGACAAGCAUAUAAAUCCCAAGGGGGUCCUGGCAGAAGCUAUAUUUUAUGGCAUUGAGUCCAUGAUACCACAAUUGAAGCAAAUCAUUGAAGUAUAUAAAAGUUUAAAAGGCAACAAACAAGCAUUGACCAGAAUGGAUGUAGUUCGUGCGUUAAUAAUUACACCUACAGCUGCCGAACUGCGAUUCCAAGGUGUCAAUUUACAAGGAGCUGACCUGAACAAGUUGGAUUUAAGACAUAUUAACUUCAAGUAUGCUUGCUUAUCCCGAUGUAAUCUUAAUGGAGCCAACCUCUCUCACUGCUGCCUGGAACGAGCAGAUCUAUCCCAUGCCAACUUGGAAGGAGCACAGUUGCCUGGAGUGAAGGCCUUGUGUGCUAAUAUGGAAGGUGCCAAUCUCAAAGGUUGUAAUAUGGAGGAUCCUCUAGGAUCUAGAGCUGUCAUGGAAGGUGUGAAUUUAAAAGGCGCAAAUCUGGAAGGUAGCAACAUGGCAGGUGUUAAUUUAAGGGUGGCAACACUGAAGAAUGCCAACCUUCAAAAUUGUGAUCUCAGAGCUGCUGUGCUUGCUGGAGCUGAUUUGGAGUGUUGCGACCUGUCUGGCAGUGACCUUCAUGAAGCCAACCUACGUGGCGCGAACUUGAAGGAUGCGGCGUUCGAGCUGAUGCUCACUCCUCUUCAUAUGUCCCAAACUAUUAGAUAAACAUAUUACCCUUUACAAAACCCAAAUUGGAGGUUUUUUUCUUGAAUGACAACGGAAUGGUUACCAGAAAGAAAGCAGAAUAUUUAGCGCGUCGUGACAAAUUCACCAGGAAUGAACUACGAUGGUUUACAGGAAAGAUCACGUGGAUGCAACUUGACAGGAUAUAUUAUUGGCAUUGGAACUAACCUUCUCAUUAUUCGCACAAUCGCUUCCAUCUUCUAUCGGAGGUUGAACAAGAUAAGGUGGUGCUACAGCCAAACCUCUAACAUCCCCCUAGAAACCAUCGUGCUGAAUUCACGAUGGGCUAACUGAUCUGUCUUUUUAUACUUACCUAUCAUGUUUCUCUGGUACCCCGCCAGCAUAUAUCGUUAGCGCAGGCGAGGUUACCAUUCCAUUAUCAUUCAUUAAAAAAACCUCUAACGCGAGUUCUUCAGCCAAGAGUGUGGCCUUUUUUUGUUACUUUAUACAUUCCUCAUGAUGAGAUUAAAUAACUACAUUUCAUAAACAUUUACACAGAAAAAACUUGGAGCUUAUGAACUAGAUUUUUCUUAAGCCUAUCUUUUUAUCUAUUAUUUUCAAUGUCAAAAUACUGAGUCAUAAUGACCGGUAUGUUCAUCUUAGAAUUGAUAGCUUCAUGAUGUGGCCGAUCAUUUUAAGAAAUAGUUGUAUUUCAUAAUAUGGAAAAUACCCGCUGCUCACAUCAUGAAGUGCUCUGACCAGAUCAAUGAAUAAUCAGCGUUUGAUGAUAUCAAAAUCAAAACGCAUCGCUACUUCAUCAUAUGAUUAAACAUUAAUGACUAUAUCGUAAAAUAAUUAUACUAUCCACCGUUAGAGGCGCUUAUAUUGUUUUCUUUUUGUGACGAAUCAUGGCGGCGGACAAUUAUUCUGAUAAACAGCUAAUAAUAAAAUGUCAAGUGAAGUGAUAGAUCUACAAAAAGCUACUUGAAUUUUACAAAAGUAAUUGAAAUAUAGAAGUCCUACAUUAAUUAUAUCUCCGCUUCCAGUUUCUUCAUUUUGUAUUUUCUGUGUAAGAAUAUAAAUAAGGAAUAAACCUACUUUAACUUACUUGAUUUAAUAAAUGUUGUUUGUUUCAA